CGCAGAUCAAUAAAGAGUUGGCUGUUCCGAGCGGAAAUUUCGCAGUCUGCGCAAGUCAACCAAUGACAGCAUAGAUUUUAUAAUCUGUUUUACUUCACCACUGAGAAAUUGAACAUUCCAAAGGCCGGUCUCCUCCUUCUCGGUGUUCUUUGUUAUCGAUCGCCGCACCCAAACUAAACACAAAAAUGCUGUCUGCUGCUAGAUUGAUCGCCCCUGCAGCCAGGUCUGCUAUCUUCAGCAACACAGCUCUUGUGAGGCCACUCGCAGCAGUCCCCACACAGGCACACAUUGUGCCUGCUGCCCCAGCCCAGCUGUCGGCAGUGCGCUCCUUCCAAACCACAUCUGUCACAAAAGACAUUGACUCUGCUGCCAAAUUCAUUGGUGCUGGUGCGGCGACAGUAGGAGUGGCUGGCUCUGGUGCUGGUAUUGGAACAGUGUUCGGUUCCCUCAUCAUUGGUUAUGCCAGGAACCCAUCCCUGAAGCAGCAGUUGUUCUCAUACGCCAUCUUGGGUUUCGCCCUGUCUGAGGCUAUGGGUCUCUUCUGUCUUAUGAUGGCCUUCUUGCUGCUCUUCGCUUUCUAAACUAAUUACUUUUAAGAACACUACUACUGCCAUCCUAAAGAGGUUUCAGUGUAUAAAAUCUGGAGUGGACGGCCAAGGAAUAGAAUGUGUGAAACCUCACCCUCAUAGUGGUGUAAGGACAUUAUUAUGUGUAAAUGUGUUACACACCAGUGUGUCAUCAGGAAUGCAAUUUAUUUAAUUAUGUAGUAUAAAAAUCUGCAAAUAAAACGUUGUACGUAAACAUUCAGUUAUUCCUAUUCCUGGUUUAUAUGUAGACUGUUAUUAUAAUCAUGUUAUGGAAAUUUCGCAGUAUAAUGAUAUGAAGAUGGUGACUUUUUCAAGCCAGUUACACUUUGCGUGUGUAUUGUCAUCGUCUUGUGUUGUUAUGCUGUUCGAGAAUGUCAGCAUCUGUAUUGUACAUUUUUAGGGCGAUUAAAUGAUACAAACCAA